AUGUCCAAUGCAACAACUGAGCGGAGCUUCUCCAGCCUCCGUCGGUUGAAGACGUUCCUUCGUUCAACUAUGUCCGAGCGCCGCUUAAAUCACCUUCUCUUCCUCCACAUCCACAAAGAUUUGACCGACGGCCUGAACCUCAAAAAAGUGCUCCGGAGUUUCUGCUUUGCAAGUGAGCGAAGGGAGGUCUUCAAGGUGAAUGCUACCUUUUCUCAGAAUGGAGAAUUGAAAUACAAACCAGAUUCUUCAGUUUUUGCUGAACCUAGGUACAGCACUGCCAGUACCCAAACACCAGCUGAGUUUUUCCCCCCGGAAGACGAACUACAACCAGGAGGAUCCUACAUUUCCCAGGCUCAUCUAAGGGACUGUGGCCCAGCCUUCUAUGCUGCGAGAGAUGCUGGAUACCAUCAUGGCCAUAGAUGUGGAGGAGGGAGGCAUAACUUGAGUGCAGCCUGGAGCGACUCUUCCCAGGUCAGCACCCCAGACCGGGAGGGAGCAUUUACAAUUGUGGACUCGGGUCAGGGGGAUUCUCUGUCGGUGUCCACCAUGGAGGUCCCUCUCUCUCCCCACGGUGAGCAUCAAGCCCUGCUUCCGAUGCAACUCUACCCACUCUCCCAGCCAUUGAGAGUGGCCUUUAAUGCCUCUCGCACUGCCAAUUUUGCCCCAGGCAAUCUGGACCAGCCCAUUGCCUUCGACCAACUGCACAGCAACCUUGGAGAGAUGUUUGACACCAGCAUUGGCCGCUUCACCUCCCCUGUCAAUGGAACCUAUGUCUUCCUCUUCCACAUCCUUAAGCUUGCCAUCAAUGUGCCUCUCUAUAUUAACCUCAUGCGCAACGAAGAGGUGAUGGUUUCUGCAUACGCCAACGAUGGGGCCCCAGAUCACGAGACAGCCAGCAACCACGCUAUCCUGCCCCUCUUUCAGGGAGACCAAGUGUGGCUCCGUUUGCAUCGCGGGGCAAUCUAUGGAAGCACCUGGAAGUACAGCACCUUCUCUGGCUUCCUGCUCUACCAGGAUUCAACCUGAACAUCUAUAUUCUUCCAGUGUGAGGACCAGUUCCCUUUAAUCAUCAAUACAAAAAAUGGACAUUUCAAGAUAUUGGUCAGGCUGCAUGCCAAUGGCCUUUUUUCAGCAUGAAGCCCACUAAUCGUAUGAUCAGUGCCCACAGCCAUUAUCUAUACAAUUGUGACUUGACAUAAACCAAAUAUAGUUGAUGUUCCAUGAAUGCAGUUUACUAGUAUCGCAGUCGCAUGGGUGACUACCACAGUGAUAAACUGAUAAAUCUGUGUUCUAUCAGCUAUACAUUCACCAGGUCACUGAUUUCAAUCUUAUGAGUUUGUGACUUUUUGUUUUCUAGAAGGCUUUGGACAACUUACUAGAUGGGUUUAUGAAUAAUGAACUUAAUCAUUGUCUGAUUUAUCUAAUUAAUUUCUAGUUGACUCUCCUAUCUUCUCGUUGCUAGGCUCUUAUUUGUUCAGUGUAACUGAAUGUGACGCUAAGGAAGAAAAUAUGAUGAUGAUGUUGGUGGUGGGAAUGGUGCAAAUCCAAUCAGGCUUUGGCCUAAAGUGACGUUGUGGUCCUAUUGAUGUGUCUAAAUAAAGAGGAGCAGUGCAUUUUUGGUCCUUAAUCUUUUA